UCCAGGUUUAUGAUUUAGCUGCAGGUUUGUGCAAACUCUGCUAGUAUCCUAUCUGAUCAUGUCUCGGAGGUCAUCCUCUGUUAGCUCCCUGCCGCCGCCGGACGCCGAUGAUGUGGACCCGGACGAGCUGAUGGGCUCCCAGUCCCGCCGCUGGCUCUCGGAACUGCUGCCCGGGGGCCUAGCAUCACGGAGCGGGGACGCGAGCACGGCCGCCCGGGACGGACUGUUCGUGGACUUCAACUUCCCAGUGGGAGAGCUGGAGAUGCAGAGCGGGGUCAAGUGGAAGCGACCUAAGGAUCUCUGCCCUUCACCUCAGUUCAUCAUAGAUGGAGCGUCACGACUCGACAUCUGCCAGGGAAAACUCAGCGACUGCUGGGUACUCUCUGCUAUAGCGUCUCUGUCGGUGCAUCCAUCACUACUCAAGAAGGUUGUUCCGCUCAAUCAGAGCUUCCAGGAUGACUACAAUGGCAGCUUCAUAUUCAGAUUCUGGCAGUACGGGCAAUGGGAGGAAGUCAGGAUUGAUGAUUUUCUGCCAACUCAGGAAAAUCAACUGAUUUAUCUCAGUUCCCCUGAACGACAGGAGUUCUGGAGCUCGCUGCUGGAGAAGGCUUAUGCCAAGCUGAAAGGAGGGUACAGAGCUCUGGAUAUGGGCUUCCCUCAUGAAGCCAUGGUGGACAUGACAGGCGGCGUGGCUGAGGUUUUCAGCGUCAGCUCAAUGUCCAGAAAUCUGCCUGAUUUCCUUUCAUACCUGCUGUUUAAAGGAGCACUCAUUAACUGUGCCAGCAACAGGGGCUCACUGGAACAGAAGAAUGAUCUGGGCAUCAUGUUCAGACAUGCUUACUCUUUGACAGCAGUUGAGAAGGUGAAGACGACACACGGGGUUGUAGAUUUGGUGCGAAUUCUCAAUCCCUGGGGCGGCACAGAAUGGAACGGACCCUGGAGUGACUUCAAUGGCUCAGAGUGGAGCACGGUGAGCAAAGAGGAGCAGAGACGACUUGGUAGAGUCCAGCAGGAGGAUGGGGAGUUCUGGAUGUCAGUGUUAGACUUCCAGCUGAACUUUGACGUAAUGGAGGUGUGCCACCUGACAGAAGGUCUGAAUGAGCCGGGAUCCAGCGAGCAGCCGUGGAGCUGUGUGAUGCAUCAUGGGAGCUGGGUGCCAAGCUUCACAUCUGGAGGUUCACCUCGCAGCAGUUGGUACUGGCAGAAUCCGCAGUACUGUUUUGUCCUGUCAGAGAUGGAUGAAACCCCUGGCAGCACUCAGAAGACCUGCUCCUUCAUUUUAGCUCUGAUGCAGAAAUACCAGAGACGCCAAGGCAUUCACCUCACCAUUGGCCUGCACAUAUACCCGGCUCAGUCUCAGAACAAACACUUGUCACCUGACGACCUGCUUAAGCUCCAGCCGGUUCUCGGCAUCCAGUAUUCCUCACGUCGGGAGGUGGUUCUGCGUGGCUCGCUUCCUCCGGGCCACUACAUCAUAAUCCCGUCUACGGCGGAGCCCAAUCAGCCGGGAGACUUCCUCCUGCGGGUACUGAUGGAGCCUGGCAACAAAGCCACUCCAGCUCACAGACCUGCUCCGCAAGAUGUCCCUUCAGACACAGAGCCUUCAUAUCCUCAUGAAGCAGCGCUGCCUUCUCCUAAAUCCAUCAGAACUCUGUUUCAGAAGUAUUGCGACAAGAAGGGAUUUUGCAAACCGCUUCACCUCUACAGACUUCUGACUGAGGCUUUACAGCAGGGAGUGUUGGCUGGAAGUGAGAAAUUCUUGGCACUGGAGCACUGCAAGAGUCUGGUGGUCUUGAUGGAUAGCCAAGGCAUUGCUCGGCUGAACUGGUCAGAGUUCCAGACUCUGUGGGACAAAAUCAGGAAGUGGACGGACAUCUUUCUGGUAUUUGACAAAAAUAAAACUAAGCGUCUUGAGUAUGAAGAGGUCUGUCCCGCUCUGAAGGCUGCAGGCAUCAUGGUGGAUGAUCUGGUGAUGCAGCUGGUCGGACUGAGAUACACAGAACCCGACAUGACCAUCAGCUACCCCGGCUUCUUGUACCUGGUCAUGAAGCUGGAGAGAAUGAUCCAUAAAUUUCAGGCAUACGACAUGGUGGGACAAGGAGCAAUAACCAUCAACUACAGACAGUGGCUCUACAUGACAAUGUACAACUGACCCAACCCAGCCCACCCUGAUGGAGUCACCAGGAUUGCAGUUUUUAUGUCAAACAUUUUAUAUUUUGAGCAGACCUCUGUAGAGUGACACAUUGUGAUUGUUUGUUUAUUUGCUAAAUGUAGAAAAAUAACAAAUAAAAGAAAAAGUUAUUUUCUGAACGAUGCAACCAUUACCAUGGAAAUGUCUUUACGGUGAUAAAAACAUUCCGGUUGAAAAUUGAACCCUAUAUGGAAAAAGAAGGCUUACGAUCAUCUAUUCUGUGAUGAAAGGUUUAAAGAGGAAUAAAGGGUUACUAAAAAUAAAUGCUGGAAAACAAUAAUUUGCACUGAAAUUUGAAGCGUUUAUUUUUUAUGGUCAGGAGGGGGAAAAAGUACAUUUUGCAAAUAUGUCUAAAUAAUUAAUAUUUCACAUUUUCCCACAUUUACAACAUUUUUGAACUGUGCAUGUAAAAAAUGUAGUCAAACGCAGAGCUUUUUGAAAAGCAUUUUUGCACACAAACACUUUUCAAUAAAUCCAGUUGAGAUCUUUAAAUGACUGGCAGAAAAGAACGACAUGCAUCAGUGAACAUGUCAGAGAAUUUCUCUUUGCUGCAGAGUUUUUCCUGAAGCCAUCGAGGUUCCACAUGUUGUGCAAAGAUUUGAAAUCCCUGUUCAUGACUGAUUUUCAGCCAACUUGGCCAUCUUGUAAUCCUUGAUGUUAAUCAAACAAAUUAUGUCAGUUGAUAAAAAAUUUUCUCCUCUCUUUGAGACGUCUGAAAAUGUUGAUUACAGCCUGAAAAACAGAAGUAAACUGGUUUAUUAUGUUCUGAACUUUGAAAAAAAGCACUUGCUGUCCAGAGUUUGUGACUUCUGCAAAGAAAAAGAAAAAAGCUGAAUAAUAAAGCCGUUUGACCUAUCAUGGCCUUCAAACUAUGGGAGCCACUUUGUUAAGUUGCUCUAUGAAACACGACCAGGCCUUUCUUUCAUGCUACUCAUGAUUUAAACUGUGACUGCAGGCUGUUGCUACUGGUCACAGCCGCUGAAUUGUGCUCUAUAUGCUGCUGCAGCCUUAGUGGCAUUAAUCUCUCAGGACAGCCUGAGCAUGACCUGCUGCUGCAGGACGGUCACCCUCAGCAUUGAUCCCAGGCUCCUCCUGGCAGUUUUGAUGAAACAGCACUUCAGGCUUCUGUGCUUUAUGGUACUGUUGGAUCAGCUGUUCUCAACAAAAGUUGGCAUAAAUUAGCUAUUGAGAACAUAUUUUUUCAUUUUUAUCUGUGGUUUUAGUGGUCUAAGGUUACAAUAGCUUACUGCCUGUGUGUAUGUGGACGUUCGUUAUUAUUUUUCCUUCAAAUUAUUCUCUUAAGUGUCUGUGCUUCUGUCACAAGCAAGUGAAUUUCCUCACUGUGGGAUCAAUAAAGUCUGUUCUAUUCCACAU